GUAAAAGAAACCUGCCCACCUGUGGAACAACGCUUGUAUAUGGUUACAUUUUUGUCCAGUUUUUGUGCACUGUGAACACUUUUGUUGGGGUCUUAGUUGUGACUCGUGAAGCAUUAGACGGCCCUAAGCGAAGGCACAGCCGCAGGGGUCGCGAGCAGUGCGCAGCUGCCUGGCGUCAGCGAGCGCAUGUUGUUAGUACUGUUAUCGUUUCAAACGCUUUCCGGCAAAGUGGUCUCUAUGCGAAGGAAACAUCAGCUUCGCAAAACACAGUAUAUUUCAAGAUUUUCUGCACGCUUUUUCAAGGUACCCUGAAGUGGAAACCAGCCCUGCAAAGGCGGUGUCGCUGGGCUAUUGGUAGAGAUUGAUUUACCUUCCGUCUCACGUGCUUCUUGACCAACGUUUCGUGGUCGCUUCUCGGUUGCUUCCAGGCGGUCGAGCGGAAGUGGCGAAUACCUGCCGCAUAUUCGCUCAGAGCUACCAAUAGCAGAGGCAGUGCCUGGCAAGUGUCCCGCUUGGUACCAUGGGGAACGAACAAAGCUCGGAAGCGGAGGGUCAAAGACCUGAACAGGUCCCGAAUACGGAGACUGGACUCAGCGAGCCCCCCAAAGAAGCGGUGCCCGCACAAGCAUCUGUGGAAGCACCCACCCAAGAUGAAAACUCCAAAGAUCCACCGCCACUGAUCAACCAUGGAUUUUCCCGCUAUCUGUCAGGUCUCGGUGACUUCUUCAGCACCGACAGCGCAAGCGCAGUUUCGGCGUCGUCCGAGGUGGUGAACAACCUCGGGUCAUACAUGUCACUCGAAGCGGUGAAAGAGGCACUAACUGGUGAAGACAAAGCAGACGAGCCACCGUCUUCGUCAAGCGAAGAACCUUCUAAGGAUGCACCCGCAAAUGAUGCAAAGGUGGCAGAACACACAGAGCAGGAGAGCAGCGCUGCCGGGUUAACUGCGUACCUUACGACGAGUUUCGAUGGUGUAUCAGAACUGUUCCGCUCAUUGACACAAGAAAGUUCUGCAGUGGCCACUGAAGCCUGUGCAGAAACUCAGGAGAAAGGGGCCAACCUCCAAGCAUAUCUCCCUGCGGGAAUGGAAGGCGUGAGUGCCUUGUUCAAAACCGGAUCUUCCGAAAACAAUGAGGUGCUUCCGUCCUUUCAGGACGCAGAGAAGGCGGCCCCUGUUCGGAGGUCUGACACUGCAACAUCAGCAACCCCUGCCAUCGAAGAGCCAGCAGCGCCCACUGCUAGCGAAGAGCAGGCACCACCUUCUGCUGAAGAACAAGCACCACCCUCUACUACUGCAAAGCCAGCCGCACCCUCCACUACUGAAGAGCAAGCAGCACCCACUGCUACUGAAGAGACUGCAUGA